AUGGAUGGUGAAUCUGAGCCAAGUCAGCCAACAAAUUUAUUUGCUACUCCUUCACCAGUUGUCCAGAACACUACUACUAUGUUACCACCCGAAACUAGAAGUCGUAAAAAUCGAUCUGAUGUUUGGAAUCACUUCAAGCUAGAUCCUAACUUGGAAAAAAUAGCUAUAUGCAACUAUUGUGAUAAAAAGUUCAAGUAUAAUGGAACGAGUUCGAUGGCAGCACAUUCUAAGGCUUGCAAGAGUAACCCAAAUAAUGAUUUUAACAAGAGACAAAGAACACUUACACCUUCAAUGAAUGGUGAUGGCCAUCCUACUUCUUCCCCUUCAGUUCCUAGGUUUGACCAAGAGAGAUUGCGGUAUUUGCUCGUGAAAUUGUUUAUAGCUUGGGAGUUACCUUUCUCAAAAGUGGAGCAUCCAGAUUUCCAUGAAUUUGUAAGUGGCUUGAACUCAAAAUUCAAUCUUAUAUCACAUACUACACUUGCACGUGAUACUUUGCUUCUAUGGGAUGUAGAAAAGGAAAAAUUGAAAAACUUUCUAGCCCUUCAUUGUCAAAGAGUUUGUCUCACUUCCGAUACAUGGACGUCUAUUCAAAAUCUCACAUAUAUGUGUAUCACUGUCCACUUCAUUGACAAUAACUGGACCUUACAAAAUAGGGUUCUAAGUUUUGUCCAAGUCACAGGCCACUCGGGAGAUAUUAUAGCAAACACUAUUGAUGCAUGUUUGACUGAUUGGGUACUUAAUCAAAUCUUAACUGUCACACUUGAUAAUGCAUCCUCAAAUGAUCUUGCAAUUAAACAUUUGACAAAGAAGCUAUUAUCAUGUAAUCGUUUAGUAUUGAAUGGAGAGUACAUACAUAUGAGAUGUUGUGCUCAUAUACUAAACCUCAUUGUUAAGGAAGGGUUUAAAGAUCUUGACAAGUCAAUUUUGAGGAUCCGAGGUUCAGUCAAAUAUGCCAAGUCUUCUGCUCAAAGGUUUGCAAAAUUCAAAGAAUGUGUAAAACGCUCAAACACCGAGUACAAAGGUCUUGCGUGCCUUGAUGUAGAAACAAGGUGGAAUUCAACUUAUCUAAUGUUAGACUCGGCUUUGAAACAUCAAAAAGCUUUUGAAGUACUUGAAAUUCAUGAUCCCAUGUACACUCAAGAGCUAGUUCAAAAGGGAAAUGGUGUACCCACAAGCUUAGACUGGAUUGAAGCACAAUCGAUUCUUCCAUUUUGA